GUAGCAAGUUGUAUUUCAGCUAGUAAUUGUCCUCAUAGAUCAUCUUCCGUGGGGCUAAUUUGGGGCCCACCUGGCACAGGUAAAACUACAACGCUUGCAGUAAUGCUACACAUGCUUCUGAUGAAGAAACAGAGAAUUCUUGCAUGUGCUCCAACCAACAUGGCUGUCUUGCAAGUAGCUUCUCGUCUUAUUGGGUUGGUUGAGAACUUCUCUCUAAGCCAUCAUUAUUCCCUUGGUGACAUCAUUUUAUUUGGUAACAAGGACCGUUUGCACAUUGGCAAGGAGUUGUCAAAAAUAUAUUUGGAUGACCGUGUCAAGAGUUUGCUGAGGUGCUUCAACCGAGAAGUUGGGUGGAAGCAUUGUGUGGAUUCUGUCCUGAAAUUCCUAACAAAUUGCAUUUCUCGGUACAAAAUGUCCCUAGACAUAGAAGCAAGCAGUGAUGGUUGCAACCCCACUUUUAAGAAGUAUUUUACAAGUAAAUUCAGCAUUUUAGCAAAAGAACUGGUAUCAUGUAUUGAUACAUUCUUUGACCAUCUUCCAGCGGAUACCCUGGGCAAGAACUUUGAAAAGAUGAUGUUUGUGAAAAGUAUGAUAUAUAAACUGCAGCAAUUAGUGUGUGCAGAUGAUGUCUCUGAUGAGCGUCUUUUUACAAUCUUCGAGCCCUCCGAUGAACUUUCUGACCCUUCUAUUGAUCAUGAUGGCCUGAAAGAUGAUGCAACUGAGGAUCUUCCUGACUAUGACAUCUCUCUAGAUAACCCUUUGGAGAUAAACUCUAAGUGCAUUAAAACCCUGAUGGAUCUUUCAAAGAUGCGGCUUCCUUGUGAAGAGAAUGAAUCUUCCAUCAGAGACUUGUGUUUGAAGCAAGCGAAACUCAUAUUUUGCACUGCUUCUGGUUCGUUUGAACUGUUCAGGCUGCAAGGUGUGAUGCCUAUAAGCAUCUUAGUUAUUGACGAGGCAGCACAACUAAAAGAAGCCGAAUCACUGGUUCCUCUCUUGCUACCAGGAAUAAAACAUGUGCUGCUAAUUGGGGAUGAAAACCAGCUAUCAUCAUUGGUCAAGAGCAAGAUUGCUAAAGAUGCUGCCUUUGGACGAAGCCUCUACGAGAGAUGGUGUGAAAUGGGUUACGACAAGCACUUGCUGGAAGUACAAUAUAGAAUGCACCCUUACAUUAAUAAAUUUCCAAAUGCUAACUUCUACGGUAACCGAAUUUCGGAUGGUCCCAGUGUCAAACGGGAAGAUUAUACGAAGAGUUAUCUCCCCGGUCGUAUUUAUGGUGCCUAUUCAUUCAUUCAUAUUGAAAAUGAUAUGGAAAUGCUUGAUGACCAUGGCCAGAGUUCAAAAAAUAUGGUGGAGGUUGCUAUAGCAGCCAAUAUUAUUGAAAGACUUGCGAAAGAAUGCUGGGAGAAGAAGCAGAGAACCAAUGUUGGUGUAAUAUCUCCGUAUACCGCCCAAGUAAUUGCAAUGCAAGAAAGAAUUGGAAGAAAGUUUGAGAAACAUGAGUUUCUGUCUGUUACAGUAAAAUCUGUUGAUGGAUUUCAAGGUGGCGAGGAAGACAUAAUAAUAAUUUCAACAGUUAGGUCCAACAAAGAUGGGAAAGUAGGUUUUCUCUCUGAUGCUGGAAGAAUAAAUGUGGCUUUGACAAGAGCCAAGUACUGCCUUUGGAUCCUUGGAAAUGGAACCACUUUGCUUGCUAGCAAUUCAAUAUGGGCAGAAUUAGUCAAGGAUUCAAUAAAACGUGAGUGUUACUUUGAUGCUCUCAAGGACAAGAAUUUAGCAGAAACAAUGAGGCUUGCAACAAAGAGAAGUGGCCGCACAAUUGAUGCAACUGGAGUGCCAUCUUGGUCAGUAAGGGCAAGGGGUGAUUUAACUGUGGCUGGCAGCAGCCCACCGAUAAGACGGAGUCAGCUUCCAGUUUCUGGCAGCGCACGGAGCAUAAAUAAUUCUUAUGAUUCGCGACCAGAUGGCCAUGAUUUGCGGUCAAAUGCUAGUCGGCCAAACAGAUCUAGUUUCUUAGCUCCUAGAGAGGACAUGCAGAGAACACACUUUCAGCAGCACAGAACCUUUUCUGGUGGUGACUACUACAAUGAAUCACGAGGUGUCCCUGCUAAUCAAUAUGGGCCCGACAGGUGCAGGCCUUCCUGUGACAAAUAUGGUGCUCCGGAAGGGUUCAGAGGACAGUCUGAGCGGCAUCUCGGUCAGCGCCAUCAUAACAGAACUGUUCAGGAACCCUUGUGCAGCACUUCUCAAACAGGCAAUGGCAGGUUUGCUCCAGGAUCAGUUCGGAGGGCAGGAUCACACAUUUCCAACGGUAUUCUUGGCGCAUGGCAGCCUUCAAACUGCAACAGGGAUAUUCAGAACAGGACUGCUUCUCCGUUAUGGCCAGUUUCUUCUCAAAGAAGGUCCAGUUCAUAUGGAAAUGCUGAUCCUCACCUUUGGAGUAUGAACAAUGAGAGGCAGCUCAGCAGUCAUCCACAAGCACCAUACACAUACAGAGGACGAGCGCCACACAGGGGAGUUGCUGGUCGAGGGAUAGGAAGGCCUUCAUUUCAUGAGAGACUAACUAGGGGUGGCCGGGAUGAGCAUGCCAGCAACAAUCGGAUGGAAGAACCUCAUAGUGGGAGGCAGCAUAACACUUCUGAAGCCGUGUCCCGUGGUUUGCCAGUUCCGGAGCAGAGAGGGGUGAAAAGAGACUGGCACGACGCAGAAGCAUCAGAUUCACCUCAGCAGAACAAGACAAAAGUAAGACCUGCUGUUGAGAGUGCAGAUGGACCUCAUCUUCAAGGGCAGGAUUGCAGUUCUGGUGUUGCAUCUAACAAACUGGCAGUUCCUGAGCAGCCUGAGAUGGAAGUAGAUGGGUGUAAUGUAGAAGCAUGGGAUCCACCCCACCAGGACAAGACAGAAAUAAGAUCUGAAAGUGCACAUGAACCUCAUCGCCAGCCUCAGGAUGGCAGUUCUGGGGCCGCUCCCCAGAGACCGCCUAUGCCAGAUCACCCCGAACGUAAAGCAGAAUCAUCAUGUUCACCCUGCCAGGACAACACAGAUGCGAGGCUCGAAAAUUCAGACCAACCACAUGGUCAGCCGCAGGAUACCAGCCCCAGAGCCGCUGCCCACGAACUGCCUGUUCUUGUUCAGCCUGAGAUGAAAGGAGAGGAGUGCAAAGCAGAACCAUCAGAUUCCACCCACCAGGACAACACAGAAGCAAGCCCUGGAAAUUCAGAUCAGCCGCCUCGUCUGCCAUUGGAUACCAGUUCUGACACCGCCCCCCCACAACUGGCUGCCUCUGAGCAGGGAGGCAUGGACAUAGACUCGCGGAAAGCGGAAGCAACCGUCAUACCUGACAUUAACAUUAGGCUCGAGAGCGUAGAACCAGAUAGCUAGAUAGGUUCUGAAGUUUGAUAUAUGCUGCCUGUCCUAUUUUUUUUCUCUGUAUAGGCUAGUCAUAUCAUCUUAUAUCAUAUUCCCUUUGCGCUCUAUAUCAGCAAAAGGAUUUACCUGUAUAAACAUGUAGCGCUUUUGUUUGUGUAGAUAAUUAUUUUUCUGCGGGCUGCAGUGACCCGGAAAGCUACCUAAAUUGUUGUUUGCAGCUGGAGGAAUAAGAGAAAGUGUCUGGGUUUAUGGGCA